AUGAGUAAGGAUAAAAUAGAUUUAUAUACACAACCGGAAGGGCAAGAAUUACCCAGACGAACAGUUGAAGAAUCAGCUAGAGAGAAAAUAGAAAUGCUAAUAGAAAAACACCCAAUUGUACCACCAGAGCUAGAUGAUACAGCGAAUGAUUCGAAAAUAGCGAAAAAAAAAGUUCUAAAAGAUGUUGAGCGCUCUCAAUAUAUAACAUAUUUCAACAAUCAAAUUGAUAGAGGAGCGGGAAACGAGCAGAGUGAAGAAAAAGUGGGCGAGGAUGAAAUCGAAGAGUACGUGGGGAACGAGCAAAAUGAGUUUGAACUGGAUACGAAUUUAGACGAAGACGGAUUGGAGAUACCCCAGGGUAAAAUCCCUUUAGAUAGUCAAUUUUCAACAGCUGAACUUGAGAAAAUCGUCGAUGUUUGUAAAGACCAAGGUAUAUUGAAAGAAAAUGUUGAUUUGAAGAUAGUUGAGCAGGGGGAAUUGGGCGAUAAAAUAAGGAUAACCGAUAUCGGGUCAUAA